AUUUACAGGUGUCCUGUCCACUGUGAGGCUUUCAUCAGACUGAGGAUUAGGAGUGCAUUAGAGUAGGUCUGAAUCAGAGCAGGCGGUAGAGAGACAGGGAUUGAGAGGAAGAAAAUAAAUGUGUGAUGAGUGAGGGAGGGAGGAGUUUGUUUCGCAAACAUACAUGUAUAUACAGCCCGGACAAGAGUGGAAGGAAAACUUAUUGCCUAUAAAAAGGACAAUAUUGCACAAAUAUAUACUGAUACAAAGCAAGACAUGGAGUUGUGUGAGAUUUUAGAUCAGAAGCAUAUUAUUCUAGACUGCCAUGGUAAUCCAGGACACAAUCAGUGCUGAGAACUAAAGAGGUCAUCACAACCUCACACAGACAUAUGGACAAGAUGGGGGCCAGUCGUCCACUACCUAAUGCGCCCAAGGACUCACUAAGUGCUGCAAUAGAGGCCAUCAGUGUGAGCACAGAACUUAUCGAGGAAGAACUAAAGCCAUAUUUGGACACAGUAUUCAAUGUUGCCAUAGAAAGAAAAAAAGGCAUAUCAGAGCAGGUGGUAGAAAGUGGGAUUCUGCCUGUUCUGGCUCAGAUUUUAAGAAGAAAGAGCACACUCACUACUCACACUGCCAGACUGGUAGCUGAACUGGCCAGAGAUGCUCCUGUGAGAGAGCAAUGCUUUGAGACAGGCAUUGUAUCUGCCCUUGUGACCUUACUGCUAAGCCAAGACCAGGACCUUCUCCUUCACGUUAGCCAGGCCAUCGCCAGGAUUUGCUAUGACAGCAACUUGCAGCAGGAGCGAUUCCUGAGGCUCGGAGCUGUCCCACGACUGGUGUCGGUUCUUCUCCAGUACAGUGAGAACGAGGCACUGCUGAGCUCUUGCCUUCUGGCCCUUUGUAACCUGGCCGACAUGGGCGAAGAAGAUGGCACUAUGCUCUCCUGGGAGAAAGGGGCGUAUUUCGGCGAGGGGGAGCGGGUUUUCCGUGGCACCUCACGGUGCUCUUUUGGCUUCUCUUCAGCUGUGACGGUGGUCAGGCUGAAACAGUGGACUAACGGCCAGUACUCUGUGGCAGUAGAAGUGCUUCAAAGGUGCUCCACAAUGCUGUGGGGCGCAAAAAACGGCCACCAGACUGGACACCGCUUACCGAACUUUGCCCACCUAGGCAGCUGCCCCAAAUUGUAUAAAGUUAUCAAAUGCUCAGUGAAGAACAUACCGAGAAACAGGAAUCUGAGGGCAGCAGUGCUUCAUACCCUCUUGUGAGGCUUCAUUGUAGUGCUUUUGGACUAUUAAUGAACGUCUGAGGUGGCCUGGUGUAAACCACAUCCCAAUAUUUAAGGAGCUCAUUUCAGCCAUUCAUAAUAAAGAAUGGAUCUGAAAGCACAAACAUAGAAUAUAAUUGCUCUCAGUUUCCAGUUGCUCAGAUGUCACGUCUAAACCUGAGAGUACCAGUCGAGAGACAAAAUCACAAGCCAGGUCACAAGACAUGUUGUGUCCAAGCAGUUUUAAAAAAUCCUACAGAUCUACGCUGGCUAUACACAGAACAUGAGAACAGGUGGACGCCGAGCUGCAAUCUGCUAGCCUUUCUGAACUCUGUGAUUAGUCCAUAAGAGGCCUUACAGUAGUAGAUUAUCCAGACCCAGUGUUCAGGGUCAGAGCAGCUACACUCACCCAGGUCACAAUAUGCAACCGUGUUGCAAAAUGCACCAAAGGAAAUAGAUUAACAGAUGAGAAUCGUGAUUUAUGUUUACAGUCUUUGGGUCCAAACUAGGGAUGCACCGAUAUGAAAAGUU